CUCCUGAUCCACUAACGGUGCUUUUAGGUACCUCAAGCACCGGUCAUCAUUUUCGUCGAACCCGUUGCUUGCGACGAAGGGCUUGAAGGUAGAUUCUGCGAAGCACGACUCUUGCUAGGGUUCGUGUUAGCAACUUCGUCAGGUUUGAGUCCCGUGAGCUCACCUACUAGUUAAGGUUACGCUGAAAUAGCCUCUCAAGUCUCUCUAGGCUCUCAGCUUAGGUAGGAAACAAAAGCCAAUUGACUGCGCGCAGCCAGAGCGAGUGUUGGCGAAUGUAUGUGGGUGCUGUCAGUCCCCGCGCACUUGCUGUGCCAGCCAAUGCAUAUUCGUUUUGCCAAAUGUCGGUUAUAUGACAAAGCAUGCUUUUACAAUCUCUUGUAUUUAGAAAAAUCGGUCUGGGUAAUGUGUGAACAUCUUUAAAAUAGUUACAGAACGAGCCUUUUACAGAACGAACUUUUGAAUGUCGUUUUAGAAAAAGAGGAUGAAUCCAGUAUCUUUUCUUUGCUUUGCUUUUUUUACGAGAUAAAGUUCAAGUCGCUCGACGAAAAGAUCAUAAAUUGGCAUGGAUUGGCUGCUAUAACUGGUUGCUCAAAUAUUUCGGUUGCCGCAGCCAGGCUGCCUAGUGCGCGAAGAGCCUUUAAGAAAACAUCCUACAAUCAAACUACAAAAACUCCACAAUGACUUGGCUAAAAUAUUUACAUCUGUAAUGUUAUGUACUUAGGAAUAACUAAAAAUAAUCGUUGCUAAAGUUUACAAGUUUUGAAUUAAGAAAACAGAUAAAUUAUUGUGUGGUAACAUAUUUUAAAAUGUUGUUUUAUGUCACCUACUUAAUCUCUAUAUUUGUACAGAUGCAUAUUUUCAUUUUAAAAACAUUAUCACGAAACGACAAUUAAAUUUGCGUUCGUGGCUAUCUAACUCAUUUCGCAGAUAGGAGGAGUUCAGUGUACAGACAUCCGUUGAGAGGGUCAAACGAAGUUAUAGCUCAGCAUGAUUAAAGCACGUAAAUACGUUGUCAAGAAAUAUUUCGAAGGUGUUCCGAAGCGAGACGAUUUCGAGAUCAUAGAGUUUGUACUGCCAGCAUUGAAAGACGGCGAAAUACUAGUCAAGGUAGAAUGGAUCAGUCUAGACCCGUAUCAACGAGCUUACAACAGGCAAUACCAAUUACCAUACGACCAAUUCGGCUACCAAAUAGGAAUCGUUCAAGAAUCUAUGGAUAAUAAUUUUCCAAUCGGCGUACGGGUGGUCUCACACAAAGGCUGGUUUGACUAUUGCAUUAUAAAUCCAAGUAUACCUGAUGCUACAGGAAAUAAACCAUACAUACUGCCCGAUCUGAAAGGACUGCCAAAUUCAUUGGGCGUCGGUGCUGGGGGAAUGCAUGGCGCGACAGCAUAUUUUGGUUUCUUGGAAAUUUGCAAACCUAAGCCCGGCGAAACGGUAGUAGUGACAGGGGCCGCCGGAGCCGUUGGUUCUUUGGUAGGGCAGAUAGCGAAGAUAAAGGGAUGCAAAGUGAUUGGCUUCACAGGAUCUGACGAGAAGGUUGAGUGGCUUGAGAAAGAAAUAGGUUUUGACAAAGCUUUUAAUUACAAAACCGUGAAUAUUCCAACGGCAUUAAAACAAAUCGCCCCUAAAGGUGUUGACUGUUAUUUUGACAACGUUGGCGGGGAAAUUAGUAGUCAGAUCAUAAAUCAAAUGAACUUAUUCGGUAGGAUCUCCGCAUGUGGCAGUAUCAGUGCCUACAACGACAACCCUACAAAGCUGCCCAAAGCCACAAUAAUACAGCCUUCUAUAGUGAUGAAACAAUUGAAAAUUGAAGGUUUCAUAGUGUGGCGUUGGGGGGAUCGCUGGCCUGCCGCCAUAUCUGAAAUUGUGGACUGGAUCAAAAGUGGACAACUGAAGGCUAAGGAGCACAUUACAGAAGGUUUUGACAAUCUUUACGAAGCCUUAAUAGGAGUGAUGGCGGGAGAAAAUAUCGGAAAAGCUGUGCUUAGAGUCUAAAUUUCAUUGAUUUCUUUUAAAUUAAUAUUAUGCAAUUUGUUAUCUAUACCGAAAUGUUAUCUAUACCGUAUACCGAAAUAGUUAUUCAUAAAAUACCGAGGUUGGGUUAAUAAUUUAAAUGUCACUUGUAUAAGUCAUUUUACUUUUAUCUAAUAGGUAUAAGCUCGAAUAGAUCUGACUCGCACUAAAAUAUGUGUUAACAUAUAAUUAAAAAUAUGUAUUUAAAUUUCUUGAGCUUCCAAAGAAAAUGAUUUCACGGUUUCAACUUUGUGAAUGACAAUUAAAAUAUACAACGAAGAA